ACAGAAGACAUGGUCCACCAUGACCCGUUUGUGUAGCUUCCUUCAUUGGACAUAUCUCAAGUCCCAGAACAAGUUCAGCUCCACUCGGUUCUGCGUUUUAUCAAAACCCUAUAGUACUCCAAGAACGAACUAUUCCUAAAGCUUUGUCCUUUACAGUCCUGAUUGUUAGAAAAAUGGAUUGGAAUUCUAAUGGUGAAGAACCCAGUUCGUGGGAGGAGCUUUACAGUAUCAAUUUGAUACCAUCAGAGUUGUUUCUUAAGUUCCGGAAAGACCUACAGGGUUUAAGGGUCGGUAUCAAUUUGGAGUUGUAUAAUGCUCCAAUCAAUGAUUAUCAAGCAAAGAUUGUCUUGAAGCACUUAGCUCCUGACCGGAGGUUGAAGUUCAUCUAUGAACCUAUCCGUCAAGAUGUCCGUGUUCUUUCCAAGAAGAUUCCUUUAACUAACUUUCUAAAUCUUCAGGUUGGCGUUGGCCAUAAUUUUCGAAUGAAUACAACUGGAUGGAAAUGGAAGCUUACUACAUGUUUUGGUGGAGAUGGUAUAUCUCGGAUUCGGAAUAAGACAUCACUUGGCGUGUGCCCUGGUGUGGAUUUGCGCUUUGGGUGGAGGGCAGAUUACGUACUUCCAGAAGUUACUGGGGCUCUGGGUACUGGCGAAGCAUUGUUUAACAUGAGCACAGGAAAAUUGGAAGCAUCACUGGACAGAGUUGAGUGCAUUCUAACACACAAUGAUAAGGGCAUUCUUGCGCCCAACGAUACAAAGGAUCUAUACGACUGUAAAGACCAGGAACCGGCAGAGGACUGAAACAGAUGAAACUACUCAUUGCUUUGCAAACAGCAUUCCUCAAGCAUGGAGUGACCUUAGUUAAAUUAUCACGCGACGAG